GGGACCAAAGCCCAGAGAAGCCGCAAGCAAGUUACAACAACCGUCUCCGCCCCCUCGCCCCACGCACACGAGCGCACAGCCGCGCACGCAAAAGGCCCGGCCAGCGGACGCCGACGGACUUUUCUUCCCACGCUUCCUUCAUGGGCUGCUGCGGCUCCUCGCUGCGGUCGUGGGUCCACGCGGAGAAGCCGCCGGGGCCCCGGCGGCCUGCUCCCCCUCCCCCGCCGCCGCACCGCCCCUCCUUCUCCCUCAAGGCGCAGAAGGCCGCCCCGCCGCCGCCGGCGGCGCGCGGGGAGGAGGAGCAGGAGGUCCCGGCGCUCGCGGAGUUCUUGCUGGCGGAGCUCCGCGCGGCCACGGACGGCUUCGCGGCGGGGAAUAUCGUGUCGGAGAGCGGCGAGAAGGCCCCCAACCUCGUCUACAGGGGCCGGCUGCGGGGCGCCUCCGGAGGCGCCGCCCCUCGCGCCAUCGCCGUCAAGAAGUUCGCCAAGCAUGCCUGGCCUGACCCCAAGCAGUUCGCGGAGGAGGCCAAGGGGGUGGGCAAGCUGCGGCACCGAAGGCUGGCAAACCUCAUCGGCUACUGCUGCGACGGCGACGAGCGGCUGCUUGUCGCGGAGUUCAUGUCCAACGAUACCCUCGCCAAGCACCUGUUCCACUGGGAAAACCAGACUAUUGAAUGGGCUAUGCGUCUGAGAGUUGCAUACUGCAUUGCCGAAGCAUUGGGAUAUUGCAGCAAUGAGGAACGCUCUUUAUAUCAUGACCUAAAUGCAUACAGAGUCCUCUUUGAUGAGAAUGGUGAUCCACGCCUCUCAUGCUUUGGUCUGAUGAAAAACAGCAGGGAUGGGAAAAGUUAUAGCACAAAUCUAGCGUACACACCUCCAGAAUAUCUGAGAAAUGGCAGGGUCACAGCAGAAAGUGUCAUUUUCAGUUUCGGCACUGUACUCCUUGAUCUUCUCAGCGGAAAGCGCAUACCUCCUUCCCAUGCACUUGAUAUGAUAAGAAGCAGAAACAUCCAAGCACUAAUGGAUUCACAUUUGGAGGGGAACUACUCAACGGAGGAGGCUACUACCUUGGUGAAUCUUGCUUCUCAAUGUUUGCAGUAUGAACCAAGAGACCGGCCUGAUAUAAAGAAGUUGGUUUCCAUUCUCGAACCACUGCAAACCAAAUCAGAGGUGCCAUCUUAUGUGAUGCUUGGAGUUCCGAAACCUGAUGAACCAUCAAAGGCACCACCUAGCCCUACUCCACAGCCACAGCACCCUCUUUCUCCCAUGGGAGAAGCCUGUUCAAGGAUGGACCUAACUGCCAUACAUCAGAUUCUAGUCUCGAUGCAUUACAGAGAUGAUGAAGGGAGUAAUGAGUUAUCGUUCCAAGAAUGGACACAGCAGAUGAGGGAUAUGUUGGACGCCCGGAAACAGGGUGACUUUGCUUUCCGAGACAAGGACUUCAAAGCAGCCAUAGAUUGUUAUACUCAGUUUGUUGAUGUCGGGACAAUGGUGUCGCCAACGGUUUACGCCAGACGGAGCUUGUGCCACCUGAUGUGUGACCAACCUGACGCUGCCCUCCGGGACGCAAUGCAAGCGCAGUGUGUGUAUCCCGAUUGGCCCACAGCUUUCUACAUGCAGGCGGUCGCCCUGUCCAAGCUAGACAUGCAGAGUGACGCCACCGACAUGUUGAACGAGGCCUCACAACUUGAAGAGAAGAGGCAAAAGAGCGCAAGAGGUCCAUGAAUGAAGAGCAUAUUAAACUUGGAGAAGUCACAUCCAUCCCAUAUAUAUGUAUGUAGUCGGAAGUUUGCGCUGAUCUGAGCGGUAUAGGAGCUAGAAGAUCUGCGGGAAGACGUUUCACUGAAGAGUCCUGUGAAUGCGAUUGAAGGAACUCGUUUGGUUUGGCAUACCUGUGAUAGGUAGUGCAUUUUUGGGCCCAAAUUUGUUGUAUAUAACGUCAGUUGAAACAGGCAGCAAACGCGGUCGUUCGUUUGAAUGUGUGUUGCUGGUUGUUGGGAAGGGUCCUUGUUGUAGCUAAAGCAAAUAAACAUACCUAUAUCCUGUUUAUACAGAAAAUAUUGGUUUGGAUGUA